UUAUAUGUUUCAGUUUGUUAAAUAACCAAAUAACCUUACUUUGUACUAUUGCCAACAACGCCAAUACAUUACGAAUAUACGAUUUCACAAAUAUUUUACACGAACUUCUGAACUGAAAAUCGAUCCUUGAGAAUGUGUUAUUUAUUCUUUUACAUGUCCUACUACAUCGUCCUAGUUGUCAAACGACAUACCUGUUUUUAAAUCGUUUAAUUUAAAAUACUGGCACAAAACACAGCCGGUCUUGUCGCAGAAAAGUGACGUAGGUGGUCACGUUAUCUCAGCUGUCCGGCUGCACCCGAGGAAGAGAAUUUAAAAAACGAAACACAUUUAAAUUUGAGUCGCUUGGCAUUAGGGAACACCAUCACUAAACGUGCCCCAGCGCUGGUCCGGACUGUGCCCAGGGACGGCGGUCCGCCAUGCGACCCCUCAGAGACGCCCAGCUGGGGGCGUUCACCUUCUUCGCCUCAGCCCUCCCCCACGAUGUGUGUGGUAGCAACGGCCUGCCCCUCACCCCCAACUCCAUCAAGAUCCUGGGCCGCUUCCAGCUCCUGAAGACCCUCACACACCCGCGUCUCUGCCAGUACGUGGACAUCACCCGGGGGAAGCACGAGCGGCUGGUUGUGGUGGCGGAGCACUAUGAAAGCAGCCUGAACGACUUCCAGAAGCAGGGGAUAACAGUCAGCCCAGAGAGGGUUCUGCAGAUAGCCUACGAGGUGCUGGAAGGGCUGGCCUUCAUGAACAAGCACCGCAUGGUCCACCGUGCUCUCAACUCACACAACGUCCUCCUGGACUGCAAGGGUAACGUGAAGCUGGCCAAGUUUGGCCUGUAUCACAUGACUGAUCGUGGGGCAGAUGUGGACUUCCCUAUUGGAUAUCCAUCAUACUUGGCUCCAGAGGUCAUCGCCCAGGGCUCCGCCCACCUCAGCGACCCCUCCAGUGGAGACGCCCCCCAGCCAUCAGGACCCAAAACUGACGUCUGGUCUCUGGGGGUGCUGCUCUUUGAGCUGUGUGCUGGCAGGAGACUUCUGCACAACAUUGAGAUCAGCGAAAGGUUGAAAUUCAUCAUCACUCUGGGCUGUAUGGACGAGAUAGUCACUGUGCUGGCUGAGGAACAUGGCUGUCUUGAUGCCAUCAAGACCCUCCCAGAGAAGGUUCUGGACUUACUGAGGAAAUGUCUGACCUUCCUGCCAUCCCAAAGGCCGACCCCAGCAGAGCUGCUGUCUGACUCAGUGUUUGAGGGGGUGUCUGGUCUCUCUAGCCCCUUUCAGCCCUCCCCAGGCCUGUUCUCCUCCUCGCUACGCUGCGCCCUGCUGGAACUCCCAGACCAGCUCAGCAAGCUCUGCCCAGAAGAGGAGGAGGACUACCUGGCUGAGAGGGGCAUAGAUGAGGUGUACCACCUGUGGUGUCUGGCCGGAGGAGACCUGGAGAAGGAGCUCACCAACAAGGAGAUCAUCCUGUCCAAGCCUCCAGUCUGCACCCUGCCCAAGUUCCUGUUGGAGGACGGGGAGUCGUUUGGCCAGGGUAGAGACCGGAGCUUCCUAUUGGACGACACCACCGUCACUCUGUCCCUCUGCCAGCUGCGAAACAGGCUGAAGGACGUGGCAGGAGAGGCCUAUUACCCCAUACUGGAGGAAGAACCCUGCAGCCUGCCCCAGUCCAUCAGCAGCAGUGAGCUGCAGGCCUCGGCCGUGUCCCUGCCCCUCAUCAUCCGGGAGAGAGACACAGAGUACCAGCUCACACGCAUCAUCCUAUUCAACAGGCUGCUGCAGGCCUACCCUUACAAGAAGACCCAGGUGUGGAAGGAGGCGCGGGUGGACAUCCCCCCCCUGGUCAGGGGCUUGGCGUGGUCCGCUCUGCUGGGCGUGGAGGGGGAUAUCCAGGCUAAAUACGACAGCAUAGACAAGGACACGCCCAUACCGACUGAUCGACAGAUUGAGGUAGACAUCCCUCGCUGUCACCAGUAUGACGAGCUGCUCUCGUCACCCCAGGGUCACGUCAAGUUCCGCCGUGUGCUGAAAGCCUGGGUGGUGUCCCACCCCGACCUGGUCUACUGGCAGGGUUUGGACUCCCUUUGUGCUCCCUUCCUCUACCUGAACUUCAACAACGAAGCUCUGGCGUAUGCCUGCAUGUCUGCCUUCAUCCCCAAGUAUCUCUACAACUUCUUCCUCAAGGACAACUCUCAUGUCAUCCAAGAGUACCUGACAGUGUUCUCCCAGAUGAUCGCGUUCCAUGACCCAGAGCUGAGCAAUCACCUCAACGACAUCGGAUUCAUCCCAGAUCUUUACGCUAUUCCCUGGUUCCUCACCAUGUUCACCCACGUGUUUCCUCUGCACAAGAUCUUUCACCUGUGGGACACGCUGUUGCUGGGCAACGCGUCCUUCCCCUUCUGCAUCGGCGUGGCGAUACUGCUGCAGCUCAGGGAACGGCUGCUGGCCAACGGCUUCAACGAGUGUAUCCUGCUGUUCUCUGACCUGCCUGAGAUAGACAUCCAGCGCUGUGUGAGGGAGUCCAUCAGCCUGUUCUGCUGGACGCCCCGGAGCGCCACCUACCGACGCCACGCCCAGCCCCCCCGCAGUGCCCCCCGUGGUGCCCCAGCCCCCGACCCCCCCGGCCAGCUGCCCGCCUGCUUCUCCUCGGACUACCAGGACACGCCCACCACCGACCUGUCCCGGGAGCCCCUGGAGCUGGCAGACCUGAAGGCAGAGCUCUCUCCUCGCGUCUCUGCGGAGGACCUGAUCGCCCUGUGUGAGCUGGCGCUGGGCGGAGCCUCCAGGAAGAGCCGCACCAGCAAGCCCAAGAUCCUCGCCGUCGACAUCCGCAGCGCCGACGACUUCGGCAGGGGCCACAUCUCCGGCAGCAUAAACGUCCCCUACACCCCUGGACCCAGCGGAGAGCCCGCCCCCGGCCUCAGCCUCGCCCCCGGCCCCCCCGCCCUGCAAGGUUACUUGGGACGAGUCAUUGUGGUCAUCAGCCACAACAUGAACUACGCCACCGCGUUUGCUACUCACCUGGUGCAGGUGAACUUUCCGAGGGUGUGUGUUCUGGACGGAGGAAUCAACAAGAUGAAACCUACUGGCCUUCUGACAGUGCCCUCACCUCAGAUCUGACACACACUCUUGCAUACGUAAAGACAUCUCACAUGUGUUUAUACAUACAAACACUCACACACGCAUAUACACACAAAAAACCACCCCCAGAUACACGUAUAGACGCAUCGCACACAGCCCACCAUGCCCAUCUCCCUGCAGCCACCAUGCCCAUCUCCCUGCAGCCACCAUGCCCAUCUCCCUGCAGCCACCAUGCCCAUCUCCCUGCAGCCACCAUGCCCAUCUCCCUGCAGCCACCAUGCCCAUCUCCCUGCAGCCACCAUGCCCAUCUCCCUGCAGCCACCAUGCCCAUCUCCCUGCAGCCACCAUGCCCAUCUCUCUGCAGCCACCAUGCCCAUCUCCCUGCAGCCACCAUGCCCAUCUCCCUGCAGCCACCAUGCCCAUCUCUCUGCAGCCACCAUGCCCAUCUCCCUGCAGCCACCAUGCCCAUCUCCCUGCAGCCACCAUGCCCAUCUCCCUGCAGCCACCAUGCCCAUCUCCCUGCAGCCACCAUGCCCAUCUCCCUGCAGCCACCAUGCCCAUCUCCCUGCAGCCACCAUGCCCAUCUUACCUCCGCCUGCCUGCACACUGAGCAAGAAUGUGAAUGGCAGACAAACAUGCAGUAUGUAGAAUACCGGGGCUUUCAGAGAUGAAUGGAGGUGUUUACCAGGAGCUCUCUGAUUGGACUCGACUCCACUGACUUCGUAAGUCCAGAAGAUGUCUGGAACAGCUACGGUAAAAAGGAGAUGUGAAUUAAUGUGGACUCACUGUAUGUGGAAAUGACUUGUUAAAAACCACCAUGUCUACAGCAACCCUGGUGUUUCUCAACACAAUACUGGUGUUUGUUAUAAUGCCCGGGCACAAUUAUUGUUGUGAAACGUCUUUUGGACUACUGUAAAUGUAGUGCAUUAAAAACAAAGAAAUUUAAUUUA